AUGGGAAAAUGCUGCAAAUGCAACGGGAGACUGCUUUGCAUGUGCCUGCUUCCAUGUAUGAUGACCGGCCACCUUCUGAUCUACAUCAUGGUGUCCAUAUUCAUCACCAUCUCCUACACGCCUCCAAAAAUAAACGUCCACUAUGUUGCCCCGGGGGUUUCUGCUAAUUCUUCAGCGCUGGCCUCUCACCCACUUGGCCCUUUCUGGAACCUUCGGUUGGAGGACAGCGCGCUGUGGAACCGGUUGCAGCACGCUUGGGACCGUCAGCACAAUCCAAUACUGAGAGGAAACACAACUGAAGUUGAGGAUGAAUGCCUUUCCGACUGCAUGUCACACAAGUGUUCGGUCCCUCGUGUGAAUGAUCUGAACAGCUUUCCAGACCAAAUGAAGGCUUUUAUCAGGUCGAUGCACUGCAGGGAGUACCCCCUCCUCAUCAACCAGCCGGGGAUAUGCAGGAGGAGCAACAGUAGCUUUGGUGUGGACUCUCCCAUGCUCCUCAUGGCCAUCAAAUCUCAAGUGGGGAACUUUGAAAACAGGCAGGCCAUCCGUGAGACGUGGGGCCGCAGCGGUCUGGUGAGAGGAGGCUCAAAUAAGAAAUUCAGACUAGUGCGCACUGUGUUUCUGCUCGGAAGGCAGGAUUCAAGCACAGGUCCUCACCCAGACCUCAAAAACCUCCUGGAGCUCGAGAACCAGAAGUACGGGGACAUCCUGCAGUGGGACUUCAGAGACACGUUCUUCAAUCUGACCCUAAAGGACUUGCUGUUCUGGCACUGGUUCCAGCAAUACUGCCCCACUGCCGCCUUUGUCUUCAAAGGGGAUGAUGAUGUGUUUGUCCGAACGGACGCCCUUCUGGAUUACCUGCAGAAACAGUGGGAGGAGCACAACCUGUGGAAACCGUAUACCAAUGAGACCAACAUCGAUCUGUUUGUUGGGGAUGUGAUUAAUAACGCACAGCCAAACCGGGAGCCGUCCACCAAAUACUACAUACCAGAGAGUUUCUACAAAGGCGCCUAUCCGCCCUACGCCGGUGGAGGAGGGGUGGUGUAUUCGGGCUCGCUGGCGUUGCGUUUAAAAGAGGUGUCUGAGAGGGUUCGCCUGUUCCCCAUUGAUGAUGUGUAUCUGGGCAUGUGCAUGCACAGACUGGGGCUCUCUCCGAGGCACCACCCGGGCUUCCUCACGUUUGAUCUCCCCCAUUCAGACAGGUCCAAUUACUGCGCUUACAAAUCUGUUCUGCUUGUUCAUCGACGGAGUCCCAAGCAGAUGCUGACACUGUGGACUCAGCUCCAGGGUCGACAUGCUCCAUGCUGA